AUGAAUUACAAAGUGGAGCAGCUCCGAAAUUACAAAGUUGGGCAAAAGUUAUUACAAAGUGGGGCAGAUAUUACGAAGUGGGGCAAUUAUUACAAAGUUGGGCAUAACAAUAUUCCCUUUGAUAACAAAGCUCCGAUAAUGUUAAAUCGUGAUCUUCGUUUAGCCGAAAUAAUUGUAAAUUAUUGUCAUUCAAAGGUGUUACACAGAUGUGUAAAACAAACAUUAACCGAAUUAAGAUCAAAAUAUUGGAUAACUAAAGGUAGAAGUUUUGUUACGAAGAUUUUUUGUCCUUGUACUAUCUGUAAACGCUAUAAUGCAAGACCGUUUCAUUACCCUGAACAUUCUGAUUUACCAAGUUUUCGAUUCGAAGGUUCCAACCCGUUUCGUACUACCGGUGUUGAUUAUCUCGGGCCGUUGUUUUGUUCACCAGUGUUUGGAGAAGACGAUUUGCUUUAUAAAACUUGGGUUGUAAUAUAUAUUUGUGCAUCAAGCCGUUCUCUUGUUUUGGACGUUGUACAUAAUGGACAGUCUCAAUCCUUCAUUAAUUUCCUGUCACGUUUUAUUUCUCGUCGUGGGUGCCCUUCAACCAUAUUAUCAGAUAAUGGAUCCGUUUUUACAGCUGACGAUAGCCAACAAUUUGCUGCAAAUCGAUUUAUCACGUGGAAAUUCAAUAUCAAACAUGCUCCAUGGGGGUGUGGUAUAUGGGAGAGACUAUUAGCUUUUGUGAAACGUUGUAUCAAAAAGGCUGUAUGA